GGGCUGCAUAUUCAUAUACUCAACACCAAGGGUCCGUCUACAGUGAUCAUAGAACCUCACCAGCAAUAUCUCAUCUCUUAAUUAGACACUAAAUUAAUACUCAUGACCAAAACUUGGGCCUCGCUACUGCAACCUGCCCCAUUACCGGACUACUUUUACCAAGCUCUCCCCUCCGACCAACAUAUUCGCAUACUUACACUUCAGCCGUCUACCGUCAAGAAUGCGCCCCUUACCGGUACACUUGAAACAAUCAGUCUGAAAGAUCCUUCCUUCAACUAUUCUGCCAUCUCAUACGUAUGGGGCAGCCCGGCUGACCGCGCACAAUUCACAUGCGAUGGCGGCAGACUGACCAUCACCCAAAGUCUUGCGGACGGGCUGUCCCGUAUGCGCAAGCCAAAUGAGCCAGUACGCCUGUGGGCCGAUCAAGUGUGCAUCAACCAACACGAUCUUGCGGAGAGAAGCAAGCAGGUCAAGUUGAUGAACCAGAUAUACCGCAACGCAGCGCAAGUGUUAGUCUGGCUGGGCAGAGACGACGAUGGUGUUGCCAGCCGAGCCUUCUCCAAGAUUCGAUACCUCAAUACCGUCUUCUCUAACAAAUCACAAUAUGAGCGGUUUCUUAAAGCAUAUUCAGAAGAUCUUGAUAAGCAGCCGCGGGCCUCGUGGGCGCCACUGACAAAACUCACACAGUUACCAUGGUUUCAUAGAAUAUGGAUUGUCCAAGAGAUUGGCACCCCAUCUACAGCUCUCCUACGCUGGGGAGAGUCCGAGAUUGAUUGGGAGAUGCUCUCGUUUGUAGUCGGCAUCCUCAACGAAAAGUUCCACCGCCUGCGUAUGCGCAACCACAUUGGAACACCCAACAUCCGCUACUUAUACAAACGCUUCAUCGAGCCUGAAGAAGAUUUUGACGAGAGCCACAACCGUGGGAGCUUUAUCUACGAGCUACACCGCGCCCGACACAUGCUCGCCGAAGACCCCCGGGACCACGUUUACGCCUUCCUCGGCCAUUUCUCAUUACAAAUCGCCACGCCAGCUUUGAAAAGCCUAGUGGCAGACUACUCACGUUCAGUCGAAGACAUCUUCUGUGACGUGGCUGCACGCUCCCUGAUUGGCGCUUCGAACCUAUUACUGCUCUCAACUGUUCGCAACCCUGAGUCGAAAGAUGGUACAGUAGCCCGUCCGCUUCCAUCAUGGGUGCCAGACUGGCGCCUUGGACCUCACCAUAUUGCUGGAUCUCCUCAAACUCACCAUCUAGCCGCAGGCGAUACAAAGCCAGACUUAUGGAUUGACGAGGAACAGUAUGUUCUGCACAUCAAGGGCCUUCAAGUUGAUACCAUCACUACAUGCUCAUUUGAGAUGUACGGGUCCGCCUUCAACUUUCCAAGAAGCGACGUCGAAGUACAAGUUACGGCUGUAGAGAAGCUGUGGACAUCAAUAUGUAAAUUUGUCCUGCCAAUCUCCUUGGACCGCCAAUAUCAUCAAAGCAGCGACAGUGCCUUUUUUGCCAUGGCACAGACGCUCUCCAACGCGUGCCAUGGUAUGGACCGGCUGCGAAAGUACAUAUCUAUACACCCAGACGAAUGGAUUUCCCAUGCUGUAGCAUACCUGGUGCGUGCUAGUGGACAAGAAAGCACGAGCAUUGGCCUAGACAUCCUUGCACUGAACGAGCAAACUCCGGGCGAUGCCUUCAAAUGGGGCCACGAGGCGACGCUAGUAUCACGCCACAAGCGUUUCGCCAUCACUAGUAAUGGCUACUUCGUCUCCGGACCAAAGGCUCUACAAGAAGGGGACGUUGUAGUAGUUUUAUAUGGUGGUAAAACGCCGUUUAUUCUGCGCCCUCGAACGGAGGACGUCGGAAGUGGCUGGUACAUCCUGGGCGAAUGCUAUGUACACGGACUAAUGAGCGGAGAGGUAUUUACGAAAUGGGAUCUUAUAGAGGAGGAAUUUUCAAUCUACUAGGAUAUCAGCCCCGAUAUCGGGAUACCGGACAACUCACAGUUAAUCUCACCAUCUUCUCCUUCAUCAGCCGUGUUUGUCAGGUCAGCAAAUGGUACUCAGCGUUCAGCUGUACAGCCCCAAGUAGAUCCAGCCAAUAAUCAAAAUAAAGGGCAUCGUAUCAAUUAAUUGCCCAGAGUUACAUUGGACACAAAUGUCAGUUCACCUGUGCCGCUUGACCGCGCUGUGCUGACCGUCAGCCGGAAUUGGGCACUACAUGUGGCUUACACUCCGGAUCUGCACAGUUGCGAUCUCACUUCGAUGCUCGGAAAAGCCUUAUCGGUGCAAACAAUGGCUGUUUCAUAUUGUAAGAUACAGUCACGGGCAUUGAGCAUGGACCAGUAAGAUUGAUUAGAGUAAUGAAUAUUUCUUUAUCGAGUGGCGCGGGGCCACUGCUCUAUCUAUACAAAUCUCGUCUGCGUAGAGACGCUCUUGGCCUUCAUGGCCUUGGUAAAACAAAACAUGGCUAACAAUAAACAAUUGGCUACAAGCCAGAUAUCCCAAAAACGCCGUCCAUUCCAAUCCGUGAUAUGCGUCGAGCAUAAGCAACAUAGUAUUUGAACAUGAAAGUAAAAAGAGCUCGCUUACGUGGUGCUUGAAAACAUCGUCAAUGUGAAGAAAAAAGUGCUCUCCAUGAACAUUUUACAUAUCCAUGGUAAGGAGUUCCAACCUCGAAAGGAUGGGAUCCAGUUGGGCACUGAUGUGCGCUACACGAGCGAUAGCAAUGCUAGCAGACUCUUGGGCAACAGCAGCAUCAACAAGUUCAAAGCGAGGCGACAUCUUCUUGGUAUCCAUGCCAAGUGUAAGACGGGACAGGGACUCAAAAUCGAUCUUCUUGGCUUCUGCGGUAAGGGCGACAGGCUCGGAGUGGAACAAAGCGAACUCGGGGUUGGCCUCAAAUUCCUCAUCGCGAGGGACAGCCGCGAUCUUCUCCUUGGCGGGCAGGGAAGAGCGGCGCUCGAUAGCAGGGAGCUCAGUCUUAUCGUUGUCUUCGGUGAAAGAACCAACAAAGUUGCUGGUCUUACCAGAGAGAACGGCAGCAUCGAUGGGUGCGGGGAGCUCGGGGGUGUCAACAACAAAAACCUGGGGCUGGAAGUUGAAAGCAGAGUUAUCUAAAGCGAGCAUGGAGAAGUCAACGCUCUGCUCGGGGAUCAUGGCGAAGCCAAUCUGCUGCUGCUGAGACUGAGCACCGUAGGGGUUAAUGUCCUUUGGGGUAUCACGCUGCUCAGUUUCCUCGGUCUUAACGACGGCUGCGACAGGAGCGACGGGGGCGCUUGCGGGGUUGGUGCUGAGGUGGUCGAGGAAGUUGGAGAAAGAUGGCGAGGACAGAAGCAUGCGGGUAAGGUCAGAGAGACGCUUGUUCUCUUCAAGGAGAGCACGGUUGUUGACACGAAGGCGAGUGAGUUCCUCGUCCUUGUUAUCACGCUCUUGCUCAAGCUGAGUGAUGUAUUCCUUUCUGCGAGAGCGGAAAGCACGUGCUGAGACCUUGUUGCGGAGUUGUCUUCGUUCCUUGCUACUAAGCUUCUUGCCCUCUUCACUUGCAAGCAGUCUCUCGUCCUCAUCCAUGUCAUCCUCAGCCUUCUUGGAGCGGGCCAUGCCACCAGAGCCGCCGGCAACAGAGCCUUCGGGGGAAGCAGGCUUGGCGCGCAUGCUGUUAAGAAGCUGGGUGAUCUUGCGCUCAACCAUAGGGUCGGUGGGCUGGGCAGACUUGCCGCGGGCCUUUUGAGGGGUGGCCUGACGCUGUUGCAUCAACUGGCGCUGCUGGGCCUGAGCCUUGGCAAGGGCAGCCUGAGAGUGGGCACCAGGCCAGAGGCGGCCGUUGCCACUCGAGACGGAAGAAGGAGAUACACUACCGCUGCUGUUGUCUUGUUCGAUGUUGCUAGGGUUGACGGUACCGAAGAACUGAGAGUCGGUGUUAUCAAAGUCCAUAUCGAGAUCAGAGGCGGCGAGGGUAGGCUGGGAAGGAGUGGUGUUGAAGUCGAAGAGAUCAUUUUCGGGGGAUAGUUCCGAAAUGUAGUCGAGGUUACCGAAGUCCUGGUAGCCAGUGUUGUUGGACUGGUUGACAGCCAUUGUGUUUGCGAGAGCGCCAGGAACAAAACCAGUUUGUUGGCGGUAGAGUUCGUAGUUGUGGCUCGGGCCGCUCAGCGUCUGGCUGGUUGUGGCGGUCAUAGAGAUAGACUCGAGUGUGGUGGUAGGGCUAGCGAACGAGGGCUUUGAGCCCAGUGAAGGAGAUAGCGAGGGAGACUGGUAGUUGACGCCGUCAUACUCGGAAAGAUCGAGCAGAGCGUCGAAGUCGGUAUUUUGACCCGACAUGCUGGAUGGAGUGAUGCGAGGUUGUGAAGGCAAAUGCCUGAGUCAGAGCGAAAAAAGCGCUUCGUGGUCCUCUAUAUGAGAGAUGGUUUGCAGAGACUCGAAUCGAAUGAUUUGGAAUCGGGAUUCGCGUGGAUGGAGUGGUAGCGUUGGUGAUGUAGAAGAAAGAGAGUUUGAAAAUAACUUCCAAGCGGGAAACGAGGCAUGAAGGGGGGCAAACGGGCUAUGAAUGGCAGCCAACAGUGGCAGGCUUAGUGGGCG